UUUGUGCAUGUGUGGUUGUAUUUCUACAUAAUAUUACAUCUUUAUGCUUUUGGCUUGCUUCAACUACAUAAACUGGUCUCGUUUAGCAACAAGCUUGUAUAAUCAGUCUUGAUUUCUUCCUUCUUGUGUGUUAAGUUCUUGAACCACUACUAAUCACAAGACAUAAUCUACAAGACCAACAAAUUUACCGUUAUUACACUGUCUUAGUUUUAAACUUUGUUGUGGGAUCUCCCUAGUUAGAGUUCACCAGGAUUUCAAAAUACUACUCGCUAAUUAGAAAUGUUGAUCAUUUUUAUAUGUCCAGAUUUAAAAUAUUAUUUGCUCAAUUCAAAAUUUGAGUCUGGGGCUUUGGCUUGGGUCAUCGUUCAUAAUAGAGUUGUUAAUAAAUUCAAUAUACUACACAUAUACGUUCAUGUUUGCUGGUAUAAAUUUUGAACAACUUAUCGCGCUAUUUCCCCCUGGAUCGGCGGUCCAUUUCCUGUCAAGCACUCGUUUUCAUCCAGUUUGCUCCUGUGCACUUCAAACAUUUUAUUUUGUUUGAAUUUGUUACCUUCAUAAAAUCCAAACUAGGACCAGAAGUAUUACUUUAGUCUGAAAUUUAGACGGCUGCCAAUUUUUGAUAACUUUUCAGGUGUAAAUAUACAAAAAGCCUAAUUCGGUAUUAAUUUUUGUUAACUUGCAUUCUCUCAUGUUACAAGAAGAUCGAUAUCAAACAACAUAUACAAUGUCAAGGCAAUUGUCGGGAGAUAUGGAAGAAAACAAGAGAAUAGAAGAAAAAAGUGAUGAUAAUAAUAAUAAUUCAAAUCAUUCAAGCAAAAACAAUAGAAGAAUUAGCACAUUUAUCAAGCCUUCUUGGUUGCUCCUCUCCGUGGCUGAUUUGGACAGAAGGAUGAAAAUGGUAUCUUCAAACACUAACAAGGAAGAAGAGAAAGGUGACAGUUUUGCCGAACAAGCUGCAACGUAUUAUGAGAAACGCCCUCAGCUAUUAUCUCUACUCCAGGAUCUCCACAACGGCUACCUCACUUUAGCUGAUCGUUACUGCCAAACGCUUGCCAAGCAUCGACAUACUUCUUCGGCAUCAUCGAUCCCAAGUUUCCAAUUGUAUUCGGAUGAAGAAAUAUACUGUUGUAGCGAAGUUGACAAUGAGUCUGACAUCGAGAGCUCAUUGUCAUUUCAAGCUCCAUUCCCGACCCCAUUGAAGACUCAUCAAGUCAUAACCAAUGCUGAUCAGAUUGUUGCUGAGCUUGUGAUCAAGAAUGUUGAGUAUGAGAUCAUUGCUGAUGAGCUGGAUGGAGGGGACCAGAAGUGGCAGGAGUUCUCGAGGAAAAUAGAGUUGCAAAAGAGCUUGUUGGAGGUAUUGGAAUCUGAAAGGUUGAUUUUAUUGAAUGAGAACGCUAGGUUAGGAUACAGAGUUGGUACAUUGAUGGAAGAGAACAAAGGGUUGACUGCUGAUUCUUUAUUUAUGAAGAGAAAGGCUGGUGAGCUUGCACGCUGCGUCUUGAAAUUAAGGGAUGAUCACAGGGUGUGCAUGCUUAGUCGAAAGAUUGAGAAUCUUCAGGCUCAGAUAUAUAGUUUAGAGAAGCGGAACAAGGAGUAUUAUGAGCAGCUUGUUAAACAAGAAGAGGAAAAAAGGAGUAAGAUCACUAUGAAGAAGAUUAUGAAACAUAAGAGUGAAGUAACAUUGGAGGACUGCUUUCAGGCGGACGAAGAAGAGGCUGGUGGUGAUCCAAAGCGACGAUGGCGGCGCCGCGGUGGGAGUGUGAGAGGGAGUGGCAGGAGGGCUUCUAAGCUGUGGGAUAAGAUGAAGAACAUGGACAUGCUUCUAUGUGUUCCACAUUACAACUCAUCUACUUGGAAAGCAUAAGAGCUCCUCUUAACUAUUUAGGUGACUCCAAGUAUAUAUGGAUAUAUGUGACUCAUAUUAAGGGAUUUAUUUUUUGUUCCUUUUUAUUGUUUAUCACUUAAAAACUCUGUGGUAUGCUGAAGAAACCCUUAGUUUAUAUUGUAAACCAAAUUUGCUCUGGAUCAGUUAGUAUUUAUGCUAUAUGAAUGCUUUGUUAUGACA